GCGCGUAGUUAUCCCGCCUGAUAUCUUAUUUGUUGACGUCGAUGUCAACUUUAAUAUAUUCCAUAGCAAGAAAAUAAGCUAAACUAUAAAUCAAAUCAUAUUUAUUAAUUACUUGUUAUUGAUUAAAUCAUGGAAUGUAAAGAAAGCGAAUCAAUCAAUGAAAAUGCUUUGAAAGAAGAGAAAGAAAAUAUCGAACUGGAUGAUGAAUUUCCAUCAAUGGAUGAAAGCAAUGAUGGCGAAGAAGAAAAAAGUAUUUUAAGAUACUCAAGCAAUUUAAAUGACUCCAUGACUUCUGAAAAUGUACUAAAAAAUAGUUUAUGGGAAAUAGGCCAAUUAGCUUGGGCUCGUAUGAGUAUUUAUCCUUUUUGGCCCUGUAUGAUAACAUUUGAUCCUAAUUCAUUAAUGGUAUUUCAAAAAGUUCAAACUAUUGGUAAAUCCAAGACACAUAUGAUUCAUGUUCAUUUUUUCAAUGAUAAUGGAAGACAUAGUUGGAUACCAUCUCAUCAUAUGAUUCCUUUUUAUGGAAUUGAAGAUUUUCGUAAACGAGCAAAUCUUAUUACUGAUAUAAUACGAAAAAAAGAACCUAAAUUUGCUGCAGCUUUAUAUGUUAAACCAAAUAUUUUUGGUACAUGGCAAAAGGCAGUUGCAGAAGCUAUGGAUGUUCUUUAUGAACUUGACAUGACUGCGUUAGAUAAUUUCAAACCACAGUUAAAAGACUUAACAAAUAAUAUUUCAAAAAGUAAUAGUGUUAAUAGAAAAAGAAAACGUAAAGAAGAAGACAGUAUGAACAAAAAAAAAUUUUUUAAACAAACUGAUUCAAAUAACGAAUUAAAAGUGAGUACAAAUACAGGUAAUUUGGAAGAAGAAAGUAAUUUAAAUUUAGAAACUCCACCGGUUUCACCUUCAAAUGAGGAUGAUAUACGAACAAUUGCGAUACAAAAGCAAAAACGUAUUACCAAAAUGAUAAAUAAGUUACAACCACCAGAUUUUGAAGUGUAUGUUGAAAGAAAUUUCUUUACAGUAAAAGAACAAUACUUGGAUACAACAGAUGAGCAGGUGCGAAAAUAUUUAUAUGAUAUUUGGGAAAAUAUGGCACCUGAAGAGAAAUUAAAAUAUCGUGCAGCAUAUAAAAUUGAAGGUGAUAGUUAAUUAUGUGAAGUUUAUUACCUCAAAAUCAUCAAUAGUUAGUUAGGAUUAGAUAAUUUACAUGAAAUCAAUAUUAUAAUCGAGUAUUU